UCCGGACUUCUGUCAUCGCGUCAGAGGAAGAAUCAGGCAUCUUUCUGGCCCGCCCGGAGGCUACCAUGUAUAAGUUCAACGAAGGGGCGAUUGAGGUCGCUCACCCCCUCUUAUCUCCCCUGCAGCUCCACAGAAGAGUUUUGACCGUAGGCCGCUGAGAUGGACCCUGAGAAAGGCCAGCAAGACGAUUCCGGCAUCCCUGUGCUCACCACUGACGAGGAAGUCCCCGGCACACGAGCAGUCGUGUUCCCCGACGAUCAUGGCGACAUCCGCGAGGAGAAGUUGCAGCAUCACCGGCCCAGAGGCGUGGAAAUGAAGCGCGAGAUGACCAAGGAAGACAUGGAGCUCGCAGCGGCCGGCUAUGAGCACCUCGAUGAGCACAAAGGCAAGGGCAAGAAGACUGACGAGCUCGACAAGGUCGACAUCUCUGAACAUCAUCUGCCUUACGACCAGCUCGGUGCGGCGCUCGACACCAGCAUCGACACGAAGGACCCCAGCGCCUCGUUCGGCCUCACAACUGAUGAAGUCAAGGCGAGGCUCGCGCGCGACGGGCGCAACGUACUCACCCCACCCAAGAAGAAGUCCGCGCUGCAGAAGUAUUUCGACUGCCUCUUGACCAUGUUCAACAUCCUGCUGAUCAUUGCCGGCAUCCUCGAGUACAUUUUGUUAGGCAUCGACUUCAAGGACAACUUCCAAAAUACGUACCUCGGAGGGAUUCUCAUCGCUGUCGCCUUCAUCAACGCCUUCAUCGAGUUCUUCCAGCUGCAGAAGUCGGAGGCUAUCCUUGCAUCUUUCUUGGCCAUGAUCCCACCUUCGUGUCAUGUCGUUCGUGAUGGGUCGAUCACGUCUGUCCCGGCCGCGGAUUUGGUGAAGGGUGACGUUGUGCUGCUGCGCACGGGCGACAAGACGCCUGCCGACCUCAUCCUCUUUUCGGCCACGGACCUCAAGGUUGACAACAGCAACCUUACGGGAGAGUCGGAGGCCCAAGAGCGCUUCGGAAAACCGGAAGGUAGCUCGCACAGGCCGGUCGAAGCUGAGAACCUGGUCUUCAACUCCACCUUAGUCGUCAACGGUGAAGGAUGGGGCGUCGUCGUGCGCACGGGAGACCACACGCUCAUUGGUCAGAUCGCUGCCCUCACUGGAGGCGAGAUGGGCAACAAGAGCCCGCUCGCCGUCGAGAUCGCACGUUUCGUGAUGUUGGUCUCAGCGAUUGCCAUCGUUUUCGCAGUCGUGUUCUUCGUCGUGGGCAUUACUACGGUCUACAAAGGCAAGGGUGCUGAGACAGUCACCUUUGCGGUAUCCAUUCUGGUGGCCUUCGUACCGGAGGGUCUUCCUUCAGUCGUCACCCUUCUGCUGUCCAUUGCCGCCAAGCGGAUGGCUGCUCAGAACGUGCUGGUCAAGGAUCUUCAGGGAGUUGAAACGCUGGGAUCGCUCACUCUACUCGCCACGGACAAGACCGGUACUCUCACAAGGAAUCAGAUGACCGUGUCCAAUCUCUGGAGUGGAGGCAAGAUGUACACCGCCUUCCAGUCGAACAACGACGUGGGCGCGACCGAAGACUUCACCCUCGCUGCUCCCGGUAUGCGCGAGAUGGUUGACAUCGCCGCGCUGAACUCGAGGGUCAAGUUCGACAAGACGGACGUGCCGUUUGACCAGCGUCAGAUCCUAGGCGACGCUACGGAGACCGGUCUGACGCGCUUUGCGGGACGCCAGGUCGACUACGAUGGCUUGCACAAGCAACACCAGAAGGUAUUUGAGAUCCCGUUCAACUCGUCAAACAAGUGGGCCCUGGUCAUUCUCAACAAGCCUCACGCGAGUGGUCGCUUGACGCUCUACAUCAAGGGAGCACCUGAGCGUGUGCUGGCUAAGUGUUCCACGUAUCUCAAGGACGGUCAGAUGGAGCCCAUGUCGGAUGAGUUCAAGGCGGCUUAUGACGAGGCCUAUAACUACAUGGCAUCCCGCGGACAUCGUGUCAUUGCAUGCGCGCAGAAGUUCUUGCCUUCAGAGCAGUACGACAUGGGCUACGCCUUUUCAAAAAAUGACGGCAACUACCCCAGCGAGGAAUACUGUUUCUGCGGGUUGAUCUCUCUCGAGGACCCGCCGAAGCACGGUGUGCGCGAGGCUAUUGGCACGCUCCGGCUCGCAGGGAUCAAAGUGAUGAUGGUCACCGGCGAUCAUCCCAAGACCGCUGAGGCGAUUGCACGCAAAAUCAACCUCAUCUUGGGCGACACGAAGGAGACGCUAAGCGCAAAGGCGGGCCGUCCUAUCGAAGAGAUAUAUGAGGACGAGGUCGACGCGGUAGUUGUGCACGGCGACGAUAUCGACGGGCUGCAGGGUUGGCAGUGGGAUCAGAUCUUCUCAAAAAAGGAAAUUGUGUUCGCCCGUACCUCGCCUCAACACAAGCUUGAGAUCGUCAAACAUGCUCAGGCGCUCGGUCACAUUGUCGGAGUGACUGGCGAUGGCGUCAACGACUCCCCGGCACUAAAGAGGGCUGAUCUUGGCAUCGCUAUGAACAUUUCCGGCUCCGACGUGUCGAAAGAGGCUGCAAACAUGAUCCUCCUUGACGACAACUUCGCGUCCACCGUUAAGGGUGUCGCGGAAGGCCGUCAGAUCUUCGUGAACUUGAAACGCUCAAUCCAAUAUACCAUCUCGCACAGUACACCGGAAGUCAUUCCGCAGUUGCUCUACGUCGUCGUACCCAUACCUCUGCCGCUGUCAGCUAUCCUCAUUCUGGUCAUUGACCUUGGUUUUGAGCUCUUCGUGGCUCUGUCUUUUGCUUGGGACAAGCCAGAAACGAAGGACGGGCUCAUGCGAAUGGCUCCACGAAAGCCUGUCAAUGAACGGUCGGUCCUAUCGUUGAAGAGGAAGGCUCUCCGCCGUACGAAGACGAUUAGGCGCGACACAGAGACGGGCGAUAUCAUCCAGCCAAGUCGGAUAUCAGCCCUGACCUCCAAAUUCAGCAGGUCCUUUAGCCGAGAGUUUUGGGAAGACGCCACUGAACGAACGGAGGAUGAGUCGCUGGUGGACGGCAAGCUACUCAGCUACGCCUACCUGGAGGCCGGCGUCAUAGAGAUGCUUGGGGCCCUCGUUGCCUACUUCGUUGUCUUCUACAAGAACGGAUUCACUCCAACUGACUUGCGGAACGUGCAGUCGUCGACGAACAUCACCUACUUCACCAAAUCGAGUCCUGCCUUCGUCAAUACGAGAGGCCAAGUAAUCGACGCCUCCCAGCAGGUCGAAGCCCUUGGCAAGGCACAGUCUAUUGUGUACCUCUCGAUCUUCAUCAUUCAGUGCUUCAACGUCUUCGCCGUCAAGGCCAAAUUUUCCUUCCCAUUCGGCAAGUCGAUCAUCGGCAACUACUACAACUUUGCUGGCAUCCUCGCCGGAGCAUGCCUCGGUAUCUUCAUCAUCUACACGCCACCCCUGCACGUCGUCUUCGGCGGCUCAUAUCAUCUAUCGCCACUGUACUGGCUGAUCCCUGCCGCAUUCGGUUGCUUGUUGUUGGUCUGGUCGAGUUUCCGCGUCUUGCUGCUCAGGAAAGGUAUCGAGCAGUCGCGCGUAAAGGACAUCAAGGGCUUGAUGAUGUUCCCUACCAUGAGGACCAUGAGCAUGCGGUCGAAGCACUAACGGAUAAAGUCGUUCUCUUCUCGAACUUUUCACGAACUGUGCAUGUAUCUGCACGAAUGCGAUGGAUUGUUGACAGCCAAUAAUACAUAGUAGUGACUGGAUGAUGUCGCUUUGCUGUGUAUCAGAGUUGGUCAGCCAUUGGAUCAUGAUGCAUGAUGGCUCAACUGUUGAGCCCAUUCAAUCAUCGACCGACUGCCAACAGAAACGAACUACGUCGUGAACUGGACAACAAGAUACUGUAGCG